GCUGUUAAGUCAUCCAUUAAGCGCGAUAAACGCGACAAUAUAAGUCCAAUAAAUGAAAUUCUUAUCAACAUUCAUAUAUGCUGCAUUUGCAGCAACGGUAUUGGGGCAGAAAGAUCCGAAUUUUGUUUCCGGCCGAAAUGGAAUUGUUCAUUUGUUUGAAUGGAAAUAUACCGACAUAGCACUGGAAUGUGAACGGUUCUUAGCACCUAAAGGAUUUGGCGGUGUACAGAUAUCUCCACCAACCGAAAACAUAAUCGCUGACAAUCGUCCAUGGUGGGAGCGUUAUCAACCGGUAAGCUACAAACUUGUGACUCGUUCUGGGACUGAGCAGGAUUUGGCUAAUAUGAUUUCCCGUUGCAACAACGUGGGUGUUCGAAUUUACGCCGACAUUAUAAUCAAUCAUAUGGCUGGGUUUAACGGUGUUGGCACGGCCGGUUCGUCAGCCAAUUCAUCAGUCCGCGAUUAUCCGGGCGUUCCAUACACCGACAAAGAUUUCCAUAAUCCAAUGUGUGGAAUUCAAAAUUACCAAGAUCCACUUCAGGUUCGUAAUUGCGAGUUGUCUGGCUUGCGUGAUUUGAAUCAAACUAUUCCGUACGUACGCGAUAGAGUUGUCGAACUACUUAACCGUUUGGUGGACUUAGGUAUGGCUGGAUUUCGAUUCGACGCAGCGAAGCACAUGUGGCCGGGAGACUUAGCAGUGAUUUAUCAACGAACCAAGUCCCUGAAUACGAGACACGGGUUCAAAAGAGGUGCGAAACCAUUUAUUUAUCAAGAAGUAAUCGAUCUCGGUAAUGAGAAAAUUUCGAAAAACGAGUACACGUCAAUGGGUGUGGUUACGGAAUUCAGUUUUUCGGAUGCCAUUGGACGAGUUUUCCGGGGAUUUGAACCACUGAAAAAGCUGAAAAAUUUUGGACCGGAAUGGGGUUUCAUGUCAUCGCAGGAUGCUUUAGUUUUUGUCGACAAUCAUGAUAAUCAACGUGGUCAUGGAGCUGGCGGUGCCAACAUUCUUACAUUCCGAAACGAUCGCCUAUACAAAAUGGCUACAGCUUUCAAACUAGCCUAUCCAUAUGGAAUUGUAAGGGUAAUGAGCAGCUACUACUUUUCCGAAUCUGAGACAGAUUUGGGUCCACCAAAAGAUGCCGUCACAGGCAAUAUCAUUUCGCCAUCGAUACAAGAAGAUGGAUCAUGUGCACGACCUUGGAUAUGCGAACACCGCUGGAGACAAAUUGCAAACAUGAUCAAUUUCAGACAGAUCGCUGGAAGUGCUCCGAUUCAGCACUGGUGGGACAAUGGCAACAAUCAAAUAGCUUUCGCUCGGGGUAAUCGAACGUUCGCCGCAUGGAAUGGUGAGAAGACAGAUUUGAAAAUACAUUUACAAACGGGACUUCCAAGCGGAACCUAUUGCGACAUCAUCUCUGGUAACCUCAUAGGAAAUGAUUGUUCAGGUCUGAAAAUUCAUGUUAGGCCGAAUGGAACGGCUGAAAUUGAUAUUCCCAAGGAUGCAAAGGAUGGAGUGAUUGCUAUUCAUGUUGAGGCAAGGACAAGAUAAAUCUUCUUUCAUUUGUGUCUAUCUAAUAAGUUUAUCCACUUCCCAAUUAUAAGUAAAUGAUUCAUUUUAAGUUCGUUUUGCGGUGAGAAAAUAAUGUUUACGUUUACAGUCAUGAACACCUAGAAGUGCCUCCGCUUUUAUCAAUUUCUUAUCUUCAUUAGUUCACUUUGUUCCACACACAUAUGCGGAUUAGUCACAAGAUAUGACUGUGUAGAGCAAAGUGAGCUGAAAAUGUAAGAGAUUGAUAAUACGGUGGUACGUUUAGGUAUUCAUGGCUGUAUAAGUCGAAAUCGUGAACGGAAGAUUGAGAUGGAAAAAAAAACAUUUCGAAUGCAAUGCCUGAUGUGACCGUGCUAGGUAUAGUAGCCAUAAGCAAUUGAAAUAAAAUAAAUUUAUAGCUAAACGAUAAACGAAUAACCAUUCCAAUUGAUUUAAUGAAAGCACACAAACCCAUCGAGCUGGCAUUCGAACCCAUCGAGCCGCCUAUUAAUAAAAUAUAACCCAGCAAAAAAAAAACUCGUAAACAUUUUCAAUUUGUAGUAGAAAUUUCCUCUUCAAUAUUAAUUUGGAAAAUAUGGGCAAUAAAUAUUUUCGCCGUCUUUAACAAAGAACCGUCAGAAGUACACUGAUUCGACAAUAACACCAUACAUCACAUCAUUAAAUAAUCGAUUCCACCGAUGGAAAUAAUAUACAAAAAAAAAACUAAAACUCAAUUCAAUUCAACUCAACAACACAACAAAAGCGAACAAAUAAAUCUUGAAAACCGA